AUGUCGAACCUUGUGGACCAGGCGAAGGAGUUCAUGGCGGACAAGGUCCCCGACAUCCCCAAGCCGGACGCCUCCCUCGCCGGCGUCUCCGUCCGGAGCCUGAGCCGCGACGGCGUCCUCUUCCACAGCCAGGUCUCCGUCUCCAACCCCUACCCCUUCACCAUCCCCAUCUGCGAGAUCGCCUACACCCUCAAGAGCGCCGGCAGGGAGGUCGCUUCAGGGAGGAUGCGCGAUCCGGAGUCGCCGGCGGCGAGCGCGGAGACGAUGCUGGAACUGCCGGUCACCGUGCCGUACGACAUAUUGAUAAGCCUGAUGAGGGACCUGGGGAGGGACGGGGACAUCGACUACGAGCUGGACGUGGGAGUCACCGUCGACCUCCCCGUCGUCGGCAACUUCACCAUCCCCGUCUCCACCGCCGGCGAGAUCAAGCUGCCCACCCUUUCCGACAUGUUCUGA